AUGGCUCAGUGGAAGGAUCUGCCAUACGAACUCCAGGAGCUGAUACUUGAUCACCUUUUCCGCCUAUCAAGUCCAACAAGCAGCAACAACAAAGGAGGCGUGGUUGGCAGGCCGUUUCAGAGGAUGAAGCCGGACUGUAUCGGAUACCUGACGACUUGUAAGACCUGGAAGCAAAUCCUGGAACCGCGCAUAUACCAACACUUGUUCCUUACCUCGUCAACCCUUUCAAUCUUGAGGCGACUCAACUGCCACCAACAAAAUUUCGUCCAGUAUAUUUGGCUAGCAAUUGAGCUGCAGGGGUAUGACUGCCCUGACUGUAUUAAGUUGGAUUUGGAUCAUCUUGACGAUAGUGCAAGAAGACAAGUCGAUGCAGCCUUGGUAGACACAACGCUAUGGCAACUCUUUUACCUGCUUCGUGGAUGGAGCAGAGAAGGGUUUGCGAAAGCCGGCAAUUUGACACUAGAGAUCAGCGUCUUCUCCAAGAGCGACAUGGAACAUGUCUUUUGGAACCAUCUACACUUCGACUCGUCCCCUUUCACCCCUGCCGAGGAGUUGGAAAUCGGCCGCCCUAGGCUAAACGACCGCGGCCACGGCUGGAAAAAUGGACAACUCAUGGGUCCCCAUGAACUACAUUCAAUUCAGGUCAUCACGCAACCUACGAGCAGUAUACGUGGUGAUCUUGAACUACAACCAGUCCCAGCAGUCAACAAGUUCAUAAUCAGGCGCCAGACACGGCGGCGAUUGCCAAUAGACACACUCGAAGCUAUGCUUGAAAAGCUGCCUAACCUACAUUCCAUCGUAUUGGAGCCUUGGAGGUCUGAAGCUUGCUUCCCCGAGACUGGGGCCUAUCCUAAAGAUACAGCAUUCAGUCGAUACAUUCCUCGAAGCCUUCCGAAUACAUUGAAACACCUUAUUCUUUUUGAGGACUUCAACGAGGACUACUGUCGUGUCUACGUGACUGAUCCAGUAACUGCUGAAUGGGUGUGCCGUCCGGAGCUGCAUCGAACGCCAUCAGUUUUGAUCGCCCAGGCGCUAGCUCAAAUGUUGGGGCUCGAGAAGCUUGCAGCAUCGUACUUGAUUGAUGCACAUGAUUUCUUCACUUGUGCCAAGGAUUACACGUCAAAUUGGCACGCGUUAUCGUCCCUAUAUCUGACCUCACGACAGCUGGUGCCAGAAACAGACACUCGUCGCAUCGACGGCAUCUUGGCACUGGCAGGGCAGGUUGCACUGCGCAUGCCCGCGCUGGAUACCAUGGUAAUUUGGUAUGGAGCCAAGGGAGUUGCGAGCGAGUUUCGCUAUGAGGUAACGGAUGGGAGAAACGUUUCGGUGCAAUGGCGAGCAACAUUCGGCCUCCCAUUCAUACCAGAAGCGCUAGAGGCGUGGCGAAAAGUCGCAGAGAUGCGCGGCUUGGAGUUGACGGUUAAGACGAGUCUAACGCUGCCGGCGGACGAGUUUGAGGCUUAUUCACAUGGGGCAGUCAUCUCUAGACUGGGGCUCGUCGGGCACGUAGUUCAUCCGGUGUCGUUGGAGCAGAUAUGCUGCGAGACUCGUCGUUAUUGGUUCAAGUAG